CUGAAUCAAGAGGAUAUGGAGUUCAACAAACAUUUUGGGAAGUUUAGGUCACUAUGGGCCGAAUUCGAGAUGCUCCGACCAAACACCAUGGACCCGGCUGUGCUCAAUGAGCGAAGGGAACAAGACAAGGUCUUCGCCUUGCUUCUUACCCUCAAUCCUACCUUCAAUGAUCUCAUAAAACAUAUCCUUCGGUCAGAUAAGCUCCCAAGCCUUGAUGAUGUGUGUGCACAGAUCCAAAAAGAACAAGGCUCACUCGGUCUCUUUAGUGGUAAGGGGGAGCUUGUCACGGCAAACAAAGGGAUAUUCAAACCGGAGGAGCGGAGGUCAAAGGGUGGAUGUGAGCAUUGUAAGAGGAAGAACCACACUAAGGAGAAGUGUUGGUUCCUACACCCUCACUUACGCCCAAGUCAACAUCACAAGGAACCGCGAGCUAACCUCACUCACACCAAAGACGAGCAAGGUCAGACCGGCGGUUCUUCAAGGAAUGGUGACAAGGCGGCUUCAGGGGACUAUGUGAGGAAAUCAGACUUAGAAGCCUUCUUCAAGUCAUUGGCUCUCAAGGAGCCUUCCAGAUAUUGAGACAGGAAAACUGAUUGGUGGAGGUGGAACCAAAGAUGAUCUUUAUAUUCUUGAAGAGAGUUCACCAAAGUCACCAAAAUCUUUUUCUCUUAGUUCUUGUCUUGGAAUUUCUUUUAAUGCAAUAUGGCAUGCUAGGCUAGGUCAUCCUCAUUCUAGAGCUCUUAAUUUGAUGAUGCCUAAUGUUUCUUUUGAUCACUCUAGUUGUGAAGCUUGUAUUCUUGGCAAACAUUGUAAGACCGUUUUUACUAAGUCCACUACCGUUUAUG